UCAGUAACCCAAGAAAUGAACACUUUCAUUAGCUUGUGGAAAGAGGAAGCAACCGAGACUUUCGAGGCUGUGAUGGAGAAGAGCAAGCUAGUGCUGUCUCUAAUUGAGAAAUUGAAACUAAUUUUAUUGGAAGCUCCACCAUGUGAUUUGGAAAGCAAAAACAUCAUACAGUACCAACGAUCAAUCCUUCAACUGCAGGAGCUCCUUCACCUCAAGUUCAAUGUGGCCACGGAAAUACUCCUCAGACAGGCUAGCACCUUAGCAGAUCUGGACAGCGGAAAUAUGGAAAAAGUCAUUCAGGAUGAAAAUGUGACCCUGUAUCUGUGGGCGAACCUCAAGAAGAAUCCAAAGUACAAAUCCAUCAGGUUCUCUGACACACAGAUUGGCUUUGAAAUCCCAAGGAUAUUAGCGACCAGUGACAUCGCUCUGAGACUCCUACACACGCGCUACGAUCACGUCACUCCUCUGUGCCCUGUGCUCAUCCCGGCAGAGGAACCUGUCCCCCCGGAGCCUGAGGUCGUGCCAGAGGUCAUGGGGAACCCAGAAGAAGCUGUUGACCAGAAGGACCUGGUGGACCAGGAGGAGUCCAAGGAGGGCGAGGGCGAGCCUGGGUCAACUCAGGAGGAAGAACUGAAUCUUAUAAAAAAAAAGAGAAAAUACCAGAUAGAAAUAAAUGCCAUGCACAGAACAGCUAGCACUGAAGGUGAGGAGUCUGAAGCCGUCCCAUGUGAACUGGAGAUGAAAUUACUAAGUGAGACCGUUUCAGAAGCGCAGAAGUUCCUGAUUGAGAACGCCACCGAAAAGCCCUACAUCCUCGAUGACACGGAGGUGGACUUGUGGCAGUUCACAACGCUGGGUGGGGUGUACCACCUGGAUGUGUUGGAGCUGCCUCCGCUGUGCAAGCCAGUGAAGGGCUGGAUGAUCGUGGAAUUACUCAAAGAAGGAUUACAGAAAUUUGCAUACCCUCCAGAGACCACAGAAGACAUGGAGGCAGAAAAUGUGUUUCCUCCUAUCGAGGUGUCUCUCAAGAUUCACGACAACGUCGUCUUUUUUGAGGAUCCUAUGGUUGUGAGGUGGGAUGAUGAAGGCAAGCGGUGGCGAAGCAAUGGCAUUGCCAACGUGUAUUACAGACCAGAGGAGAGAAUUGUCACGUUCAACCUGGAGGCAUUUGGCCCCGUGACCUUGAUUCAAGACACUCAUAUUAACAUGCCUUACCAGUCCUGGGAGCUGAGGCCACUCGAUGUAAACAGAGUGCUUCUGACGGUGACCACAGUGUUCACUGAGCUUCAAAUACAAAUUAAGGAAAACCUCUGUAUGUUGGCUUCAAUCAAACUAAAAACCCAAGAGCACAUCUCUGCUUUGGAGGGAAAAUGGAUGGCCCCCAUUCCCUUCAUCAUUGCUUUGAAGAAAGCUGGGCUGAAUGUCUUCCCUACGGGACACUCACACUUUUACGUCAUCACCAACAACAAGGUUCCCUUGGUAGAGAUGAAAGCUUACCGACAAAUGGCCCUGCUGAGCUCCGCCUUUGCCUUUGGUUGGAGCAAGUGGAAUGCAGUGUGUAAUUCUACGAAAGUUAUAUUUAAGGUGAAGGAGCAGCUGACUGAGGAGCCUGCCACCCCUGACUGGGUCCUUUUGAUGUUCAGUGGUGACAGAGCACAGAGUCUCAAGAUAAGCGAAGAGAGCGAGGUGUUCUCUGAGUCAGUGAAAGAAGAAACCCAGUUCCACUCCACCCUGUAUCACAUGGUGAAGGAGUUUGCUUCUGAGGAAGCCAUGGAGAGGACUAGGGGCGCUGCCUGCCAGUUCGUGGACUCCGUGUGUUACAUGCUACUGUCAACCAGGGUGCUGAGCUAUUCCUGACCCCAGUGUGCUGGGGAAGCAGGUA